CGGUUCAGAAAAAAUCGCUCCUUUAUUUAUUUAAUAUUUUUAUUAUAUUAAUAUCUAAUUGACCUUUUUGGCGGGUUUGUGUAACUCCACUUAAAUUUUAGACCAAGCAUAACUUUUCCAUUCUCUUUUGGCCUUACUUAAUAACGCCUCUUCUUGCUUCCUCUGUUCUCAGACAUUUCUGCUAAAAUUUCCCGCAUUUCGAGGCCAUAAUUGUUUCUCUCUCCUCCAUUUUUUUUCCAUCACCAUGAAUUCAAUCAGACUCUCAUCAUCAACUCCCUCAUCUUCUUCCUAUUUCUCUUCUAAUCCAUUAAUCAAAAUUCCAAAACUUCAAUCUUUAUUUUUCACCUCUCAAACCGUAAAUUUCUCUCUUCUUAAAACCACUUCUAAACUCUUCUCUUGCAGAUCAGCAAUUACUUCUUCGCCAUUGGUGGACACUUCUGAUAUUGCUUCUUCUAAAUUCGACCGUUUGAUCUCCGAAUUUCAACUCUUGACCGAUCCUAUUGACCGCUUAAAACACUUAUUGAGUUAUGGGGCGAAAUUAGAGCCGUUCGAUGAGGAAAUUCAGACGGCGAAGAAUCGGGUGAUGGGGUGUACAACCCAAGUGUGGGUUGAUGCGAAACUUGAUGAGGAAGGAAGAGUGAGAUUUAGGGCGUAUAGUGAUUCAGAAAUCAGUAGAGGGUUUUGUGGGUGUUUAAUUUGGGUUUUGGAUGGGAGUUUUCCUGAAGAUGUGAUGAAUUUGAAGACGGAAGAUUUAGUUUUAUUGAAUUUUGGUGGAAUUAUUGGGGUUAAUUCUAGAGCAAAUACUUGGUUUAAUGUGUUGAUUAGCAUGCAAAAAAAGACUAAAGCUUUGGUUGCUGAAAAAGAAGGGAUAGUUGUUGGAGAGCCUUUUCCUUCUUUGAUUAUUUCACAUGAUGGGGUUUCUGCUAAAGGUAGUUUUGCUGAAACACAGGCAAGAUAUUUGUUUCCUGAUGAAUCACAAGUUAAUGAUCUUGUCAAACAUCUUAAAGAAAAGAAUAUUGGUAUUGUUGCACAUUUCUACAUGGAUCCCCAGGUCCAAGGUGUCUUAACGGCUGCGCAAAAACAGUGGCCGCACAUCCAUAUAUCAGACUCAUUGGUAAUGGCUGAUAGGGCUGUAAAAAUGGCUGAAGCUGGAUGCCAAUUUAUUGCUGUUCUCGGUGUAGAUUUUAUGUCAGAAAAUGUCCGUGCGAUUCUUGACCAGGCUGGCUAUAAUCAGGUUGGUGUUUACAGGAUGUCUGAUGAACGAAUAGGUUGCUCAUUGGCUGAUGCUGCAGCUACAACUGAAUAUAUGAAAUAUCUUGAGAUUGGCUCUUUGUCGCCACCCUCAUUGCAUGUGAUCUAUAUAAAUACUUCAUUGGAGACAAAAGCUCAUGCUCAUGAGCUUGUACCAACAAUAACAUGUACUUCUUCCAAUGUCGUGCAAACAAUUUUGCAGGCAUUCGCACAGAUUCCUGACCUGACAGUGUACUAUGGACCGGAUUCCUACAUGGGUGCCAAUAUUGCGGAGUUGUUUCAACAGAUGACCAUUAUGUCAGAUGAAGAAAUCUCAGCAAUACAUCCACAACAUAACAAAGACUCAAUAAAGUCUUUGCUUCCUCGCUUGCACUACUUCCAGGAUGGUACAUGCAUUGUACAUGACCUUUUUGGACACGAAGUUGUAGAGAAGAUAAAUGAGAUGUACUGUGAUGCGUUCCUUACUGCCCAUUUUGAGGUCCCUGGAGAAAUGUUUUCUUUGGCAAUGGAAGCUAAAAGACGGGGAAUGGGAGUAGUUGGGUCCACCCAGAACAUAUUAGAUUUCAUCAAACAGAAACUUCAAGAGGCGUUAGAUAGAAAUACUGAUGACCAUCUACAAUUCGUCCUAGGAACGGAAUCGGGAAUGAUUACUUCCAUUGUUGCUACAGUUAACUCAAUGUUGGUGUCUGUUAAAACCCUUCCGAAUAGAGCAGAUAUUAAUGUUGAGAUAGUAUUUCCUGUAUCAGUGGAUUCCGUGACGAACACAAAAGAAAGUUCCUGUGGCAGCUCAAAUUCAACAGGAAUUGAAGAUUCAUCAAAUCUUACUGUUUUACCUGGAGUUACAAGUGGUGAAGGAUGUUCCAUCCACGGGGGAUGUGCUUCCUGUCCUUACAUGAAGAUGAAUUCUCUCAGCGCACUCCUAAAAGUUUGUGAAAACCUUCCAAAUGAUAGACAUGUUCUCUCUGCUUACGAAGCUGGAAGAUUCAGUUCGCAGACAGUGAAUGGAAGAUCGGUAGCUGAUGUUGGAUGCGAACCAAUUCUUCACAUGAGGCACUUUCAGGCAAACCGACAACUACCGGAGAAACUAGUUCGUCAGGUCUGUCGAUCCUCUCUGUAAAUGGGAAGCCAGUAUCUUGAAAUGAACAUCUACAAGAGUGAUCUUACGAGACAGUUUCUGCAGUGCUACUACUGAAAUGGAUGAGAUUCAUAUGCAAUUUUGACAGAAAAAUUUUCAUAUGUAACUUACCACACCUAUUUAUGCUGCAAAGAAGGAACUUGUGAUGGCCUGGUUAUGUCGCUUGGUUUGGGUUACCCGUUUUGUUUCCGUUGGUUAAUAUUCGUAUUUUUGUUUGUUCAAUUUGGUGCGGGAAACAGCUGCUGUUAAUUGUAAAAUAAACGAGAAUAAACCAUUGUUUUCUAGGAUUAGAUCGGAGUCAUGUAUAGUGAGAUGUUGUACUCCUAUAUUUUAAUCAAAUAGCCCGUUCCAUUUUUGAGAAGGCUGAAAUGUGGAUGAA